UAGUGUCUAUAAUCCCCAUUGAAUAAGAGUAAUUGCAAUAAUAUAUGCAUUGAGACGAUAGGAUAUACGAUAAUCGAUAGUCUAUACCUAGUUACUGAAUAUCAAGGACCUUUCAAUUGAAAUGCCAAAUGUGCAAUAGAAAUCACUGCACAAUUGAUCAGUACAAUGUAUACCGAUAAGCAGUUCAUUGAGACUGCAACUGUCUGUUCAGGUUGGACUCUAGUGGUGAUGUCAGAGUUGGUGACUUUGGACUGGCCGAGGACGUCUACAGCACUGGAUAUUUUAAACAGAAUGAACGAGCCGAUAUCAAGCUGCCCUACAAGUGGAUGGCAUUGGAGAGUCUAAACGAUGCCAUCUUCACUGAGAAAACAGAUGUGUGGUCGUACGGAGUGACUAUGUGGGAGGUCUUCAGUGGUGGUCAGAUUCCCUAUCCUGGAGUAGAUGUCGGGACUCUUGUCAAGUUCCUUCAGAGAGGAAGCCGAUUGGACGCUCCCGUUAACACUGCCUGUACUACUGAAAUCUCAGCGGUGAUGCAGAGAUGCUGGCUGGAGGAUUCUAAAGAGAGGCCAUCCUUCACUGACCUGUCUUCAAUAAUGGACGCCAUGCUCUCCUCUGUGUCUGACACCACUGAACUGAACAUGGAGCUCCCUCAUAAUAGCCAAGACCCCAUAGACAUGAGUGGAUACGAUGAUUUAAAUGAGGCACUAAGGAAUAGAGCGACAAGAACUGACUAAUAGCCAGCAAUUAUUUUUACUCAUCUAAACGUGUUUCUAUAGUAGGAAUUAUUUUUACUGUAUUGAUUUCACUUGAUAAUGUUCACAGCAAUAUACGGCAUUAUUAUACGUACUAAAAAGUUAUCUGCUAACUCUC